UCUUAUUCCAUUUCACAGCAGAUAGCCUUCCCUUUAUUUGUCUUGUUUUCUCCUUCACGUUGCAGCUUGCAGUCAUAGGAGAGGUGCAGUUGUGUAGCUGUUAAGCGUUAGACAGACAUGAACAACAAGAGACUGGCAGUUUCCUAAAUGUCAUAUUUUAACCAUGCGCUAACGUUUUUAUUUCUCUCAAUCCACAAUUGGGCAUCAGGCUGUAUUUAAUUCUUAGUAGGAGAGAACUGAACCCUCUGCUCUUUUAAAAGUUGUAAACUGUAUAGCUUGCUUAUAAGUAAGUUAUGGAACCAGUGGUCUUCAAGCCGCCACUCUAUCAACAGCGCUAUCAGUUUGUGAAGUCCUAUGUGGAUACCUACAAGCCCAAAAAGGUUGCAGAUCUUGGCUGCAGCGAGUGUGCACUUCUUCACACACUCAGGUUCUGGGACUGCAUUGAGGUGCUUGUGGGUUUGGACAUUGAUGAAGAUGUGCUGAGAAGGAAAAUGCAUACCCUGACACCCCUAGCAGCUCAUUACCUCGAGCCCAGCAAGACCUCAUUGACAGUAAACUUAUACCAGGGUUCCGUGACACAGAAGGAUCCAGCUCUUCUUGGCUUUGAUUUGAUAACAUGCAUUGAGCUGAUAGAACAUUUGAAAGCAGAUGAUCUGGCCGAUUUCAGAGAAGUGCUAUUUGGAUUCAUGGCACCAUUCACUGUAAUAAUAAGCACCCCUAAUGCUGAAUUUAACAUCCUGCUUCCCAAAUGCACAGGCUUCCGGCACCCUGAUCACAAGUUUGAAUGGAACCGCAGAGAAUUUCAGAGCUGGGCUACUGAAGUUGCUGAAUGCUUUAAUUACAGGGUGGAAUUUACUGGUGUAGGAGAACCUCUUCAGGAUUCCAAAAAUGUUGGGUUUUGUUCCCAAAUAGCAGUUUUUACCCGCAAUUACACAGAGAGUGAGGAAUCUCUUAAAAGGAAAAUGGAAUAUAAGAGUGUAUACAAAACAGUGCUGCAUGCUGUAUACCCAAGUCUUCAAGAAGAGAAGUACCUGCGUCAGGCUGUACAGAAAGUAGCAUUAUUUCAUGCAUACCAAAUAAAGGCAAAUUUUCUACAGCAGUUUAUCCCGAAAGAAGAGAAUGAAGAGUCACACAAUACAGAUACUGAGGAUGAAGAGCCACACAAUACAGAUAAUGAGCAUGGACACUGCAUGGAUUUAAAGCUGACUUCCAAAUGGCCAACACUACCUCAGACAGAGCAGGAUGAAAACAUGGAACCUUUUCUUCAAGGAGAUACCCUUUAUGUGCCCCUGCAAAAGAUCUUCUGUGUCCCAAAAGUAAAGGAACUUUGUGGGAAUAUGGAUAAUUUAAGAACAAUGAUAACUGGCGAAGCCACACUUAGUACUGAUGGAAAUGCAAUUUUAUAUCAUGUUGAUCUGGAAAACAGUUUUUAGUUGCUGAUACCCUUAGUUAAUGACAUGUAAGAAAUAUUUACAGUGUUUUAGUUAGCCCAAUACUCCGGGCCUCUCACUAUACCUGCCUAAGAAAUUGCUAAUUAGGUAGUUAGGCUGGAGCAAAAAUGUAUAUCGGUAGCUUUUUUUUUUUUCUUAAAACGUUACCUAAAUCAAUAAUGUCAAAUAGUUUUGUUAGGCAAUAUUUUAUGAAGAGUUCUAACUAGGGAUGCACUUAAUCCACUAUUUUGGAUUCGGCCAAACCCCCUGAAUCCUUCGUGAAAGAUU